AUGAAGAACCAAGCGAUGAAGAGGCUUCCCUUGUGCCACGGCUCAAAGAAACCAGACUUCGCCGUCGAAAAAGCUGAAGGAGAAGGCUGCCGCAACGUCUUCAUCUCCAAAACCAAAGCCGCAAAGUCUCGAUCUACCGGUGAAGAAAGUCUCCGGCUCGAGCUAUCUGAAGACAUUGGCUCACUAUUCACUGACAAUGAGAAGGCAGAGUGGGCUGAGAUCUACACGAUUGGGAUGACUCCAUGUUAUGCAUCCUUGGUCAUUAUUGCGUCUCACAACUGGAUGCCUUCAACUCAUAGCAACCAUGUGUCUGAGCAGCGAGCUAAGCUUAUCUACAAGCUAUCCACUGGAGUUAUAGUUGAUUUUGGUCAGUUGGUAUGCAAGCGCCUCUCUCUCCUUGAUGAUGAUGUACUCAUUUCGUCCUCUUCACUAUCAAAGGAUAAGCGCUCUGGGAGAGUACAUAAGCGCGAAGAGAGAAUAAGAAGAAGAAGAAGCAAGCAGACCUUCUACAUCUCGGGUCCGAUCGACUCAGUGCCUGCAGCACAGUCUACAUCAGAGGCUUCAUUUACUGUGGAUCUUGGUUCUGUUCGCUUUCCUACUCCUCCGAUUCAACCAGCAGCUGCGAUUCAGGCGCUCCAGGACAUCGUCUACACUCUCCAGACCUUCACAGACAGUUCAGGGCUUCUCGCCAACCUCAAGGUGCUUGUAAGACACAAAGCUAAAAAGGGGGAGAUUGAAGAUGCAACUGGUUUGACGCAGAUCGUGAAUCAGUCAGGAAGUGCAUCAGGACGUAUGGACGGACAUGUAGCGGAGCUAAGCGGAGCUUAA